AGCAAUUUUGAGCCUCACUUUGGCAUACUCUGGAUGACGAGGAUAAAUGUUGGUGUCCGGCAUCUAGAGUCAGUCCACCCAGGAGGAAGCCAACGUUCACUAUGUCGGUCAGCGACAACUCUACGGUGGCCGUGCCACACGAUGAAGAUAUCGUAUACGAAUUUCCACGUGAAGAGAAGCCUGAAUUUGAUCGAACAAGUAAUGUCGCACUCAACAAAUCACCUUAUGUCGAGUCCGAAAUCAUUCCACUAGAUGCAGGAAGCUCUGCAACCCGCUUUUUGGUUCACAGCUGCAUGCUACGGAAGAGUACUCCACUUUUUGCUCUGGCCUCGAACGGCCAGCCUGUGUCUCUACCAAAGCUCGAUGAAUCGGCUGCACAUACACUUGUCCAUUUCCUUUACGCGGGGACCUUCCAGAUACGAUUUCACCCUGCACCUAGUGAUGGCAAGGUCGCUUACGAGCGUUUCAAGCUUGCAACCUGCGUUUACUGCGCUGCCAUUCGCUAUCAACUACACGGCCUUGCAAAGCUCUCGAAAGAGAAGGUGUCUGUUGAAGGUGAUUACAUACCCAUCUUUGACGUUCUGCAAGUCGCGCGAGAUCAUGCAUUCCCUUUGCUCCCCGAAACCGAUGUGUGGUACUCUGGGUACCUCGAAGAUGUCAUACAAACGGCGAUGGCGAAGGACCCCGAGCCCUUCAGAAGACCGGACUUCAUCACCAAGGUUGAAGGAAACAGUCGCCUGCUGCAAAUCGUUUGGAAGACUGUCAUGAGCAGCUAUACAGCCGUACCUCCAUCCUCUACUAGGCCACCUCAGGAUAGCGGCGCCGAGACCCCACUGGCUGAGAGCUUGCUUACUGAGAGCGAAGUGCCCACCCAAGAUAGCCUGCAUCAGCUUCCUUCACCAACUGAAUCUGUCGUGGACAGUCCGUCAAACUCGAAAGAAGCAGACGACCUGAACGAGCCAGAAACUCUAGACCUGGGCCCAUCGACUGCAGCAAACCUUGAGAUUCAACCUCAAGCUAAAUCUAGGGAGAAUGAUCCGAAUGCUCAAAGUGAUACUGCCUCAAAUGAUGACUUCGGUCUCCCAGCCAUUGAGCCUAUCAUCGAACAGCCCGAAGUCCUGAAGACCGUCGACAUACCACCGAACGAGGUCAAGGAAUCCGAGCACGUGCGAGCCGACUCAGUCGUGGAAGAAGAUGCUGUACCAGCCGUCAACAACAGCAAUCCCGACACAGCGAAGAAGAACAAGAAGAAAGGCAAGAAAAGGCAUUCGUCUAUUGUCUUCUAACUACACACACUCAUAAGCAUGCCUGCAUGUCCGUCGCUUUGCUGUAGUGAAUACAUAUCUUGCGUCAUCUCAAUCUAUGUAGCGCAUUCCAUCCUUCUCCGUACCCUGGAUUUUCAACUAAGC